UCUCGUGUAAGGUAGCAGAUAAUAUUUUCGCAAAAUAACUUAGUUAUUGUGUUAGUGUAAAAGAAGCCGUGUGUCUUAGUGUAUGGAUAUUUAAAUUGUUUUUAAAAUAAUGGCUUUUCAAUUGAAUAGAAAUAGGAGACAAAUAGCUGUAUUAACAAUUUUGAUUAUUAUAUACGAAUGCAAUAUAAAUAUAGUAAGCAGCUCAGGAAUAAAACACCCAACAGGCGGGCCGACAGGGACAAUUUCUACCUUGCGACCUAUUUUUUCAACAAACAUGUUAUAUCACACUAAGACGGAUGAAAGUAGUACCAGUUUAUUAGCUUCUUCUACAGCUGUUUCCAGUUUAAGCCGGACGAAGACACAGCUCACUACGCCUCUUAAUCCGUUUUCUAGAAACCCGUAUUCUACAAAAAAUACGCAACGAAUCUAUAGUCAAUCAAACUAUUUAACUACAAGAAUUCAACAUUUUUCAAACACAAAGAAGCCAUUUACGAAUUUCAAGCAUUUCUAUACCACUAGCAUGGAAUUUGAAACUACACCACCAGGCGGAUGGAUCAAUAUGACAUAUCAAACAAUGCGUGACACCACCUCUGUGCCACCUGUCCGAAAAACUACAGCUACAGAGAAAACAGCAUUUUGGACAAGUUCAACACCAAUCUCUCCAGAACAUUUGAUAGAUAGUGAAUAUUGUAAAUAUAAGAAAACGUGCGGGGAAUUUAGAGGAACUUACGACAGUUUUCCAAAGAAAAACUGUUAUUGUGAUUUGCUAUGUAGCACAUUCAAUGACUGCUGUGAUGACUUCCUUCCAUUCGCAAAUGUAACGGUGAAAAAGAAUCAGUUUUCAUGUAUGCUGACGGACUCUGUUAAAAGCCCGAACGGAGAAGGUGUUUAUAUGGUUACAACGUGUUUUGACAACUGGGAAAAUGAUAUAAUUAGAUCAUUGUGUGAGGGUCCUGAUGAUGACUUGCUCCUAAAGACGCCAGUCACAGACACUGGCGAAUAUAGAAUAACGUAUAAAAAUAUGUAUUGUGCUCAAUGUAACUUUGUUUAUGAUUUUGUAUACUGGAAAACAGAUGUACAGUGUAAAGAUGAUACAAACAGUGCUUUGUCAGGUUGCACAUAUAAGCAUGAAGCACCAGCUGAUGUGCCUCCGAGAGAAUGCAAACCAUAUAUUGGAUCAGAAUGCUGGUUCGCAGAGUCAGAGGAACUUGUUCAUAAUUGUACACAUCGACCGUUUUCUCUUGUAUAUACAAAUUAUGGUAUCUACAGAAACAGGUAUUGUGCCGAAUGCGACGGCUUUGAGGAAGAGAACAUGUAUUGUGAAAUGCCACCACAUGCACUUACUACUACACCACACCCACCAUUUACAACUAAUGGACCUGUUUACAGUUUUCGCCUUCUUGUUGACUUAAACGCAGUCUUUGAAUCUAACAUGUGUGGAGACAGUGAAAUAUUUGAUAGUGUGUCUAAAACGUGUCGUCAAAUAUACUGUGCUCCGCCAUCAUCGCCGCGUAAAGGUGUUUGUAUGAUGAAUACCAAUGAAGAAACGACAGGGGUGUAUGCAAAUAACUCAGUUGAACAUAAUUGUACAUUAGUCAAACUGAAUUCUAAAGAAUACAAAAUGUUAAACAAUUCUAAAAUAUUACUCCUCUCCCGACAGGUAAUACUUAAUGAGGACGAAUUUCGCAUUUCAGGCUCUGACGUCUUUAUAUGUCUUGAGAAGUUAGGUAAAUGUAUAUCGGAUUGUGACACUUUGUCAGUAUUGUUUAAUCAUGCAACUGGAGAGAGCUAUGUAUCACUCAUAGGCUUAAUUGUUUCUAUAUCUUCUUUAUCAAUUACGUCCUUGGUGUAUAUUUGUUUUCCACAAUUACUGAACAUCCCUGGCAAAAAUCUCACAUGUCUGGUUAUAUCACUGCUGCUUGCCCAUCUUCUUUUUCUUUUGUCCUCUGAAGCUGAAAGUAUCCCAACAUUGUGUAAACUUGUAGCAGUUCUUUUACACUAUUUAUUUCUUUCUUCUUUUUGUUGGAUGAACAUCAUUGCUUUUGACUUUUGCUCGACUUUUUCGAACAAUUUUGCAUCAGCAGUUAGGGAUAAAAAUCUAAAAAGAUUUAUUUUAUAUAGCGUGUAUGGCUGGCUAACACCAUUGAUAUUUGUCUCAGUUGCUGUUACUCUUGACCUAUCUGAACUCGAUUCUAAAUAUUCCAGUCUGAAACCAGGAUACGGCAAAGGAAUUUGUUGGAUAACAUCUAGCAACUCAUUGAUUCUAUUUUUUGCCGGACCGUUGUCGUUAUUGAAACUCUUUGACUUCAUUGCUUUUAUUUUGACUAUGAUUUUUAUUGCCCGGUCAAAAAGACAAUGUGCCAGGGCCACAAAGAAAAAAGAUACAUGUUCAUUCUUCAUCAACCUAAAACUUUCUCUGAUUAUGGGUCUAACCUGGGUAUUUGCAUUUGUGGCAAACAUAGUUAAAGAUAAGUCUAUUUGGUAUUUAUUUAUUGUAUUCAAUUCAUUGCAAGGUCUUUUUAUAGCUGUAUGUUUUCUUUGUUCCCGAAGAGUUUUCAGACUUCUAUGUGAAAAAUACAGAAGCGUUUCUUCACAUUUCACAAACUCUUCAAUUACAACUAAAUCAGAAUUAUACACUUGAUAUCUAUGCUCAUAAUCUUCAAAGAACGUGAAGCAUAUGAACAAAUCUAGCCAGUCGGGUGUUAUGAUCUAUGAGCUGCUCCGCCCCUUUGACGUCAAUCAAUUUAAAGAAACUGAAAAACACUCUCUGUAUAUAGUUUCAUCGACGGGAACGCAAAUAGAGUUUAGAUAAUAUUAAUGAUAAAAUUCCACAUUUCAUUUUUUAUGAAACUGAAUAACCUGUAUAAUGUAAACAGAUUUAAAAAUGCACAUUUAACAUUACUCUGAAUAAACCAAUUUUAAAGCAAACGUUUUAUUAACUUUUGUUUGAGGACUUAACAUAAUAAGUCACUCUUACAUGUAUAAAAGAUAGAAAGAAGAAACGCAUAAUAAUGCAUGUGUAUUAGUCAGAAAAAAACCUUUAACGAAAAUGUAAGUAAUAAUAUUAUAUAAAAUAUGUUAAGAUAUUGACUUUCAACUCGAAGUAACCCAAUGGUCAAAAUAACUUUUUUCGUAAUUGAAUUCAUGCAUAUUAACCUUGAAUUUUAGGUAUCAGUCAUAACGUUCUUGUUACUCCGUCUUUAAAGUCAUCGGUUGAAGGAACUAGAAUGUUAGAUCAUGUAUUGUGCAGAACAAACUGCCUUAAAUGUCAACACAAAUGUUUAAUGGCAGUUUGCUGUGGCGGAAAAGUUGAGCCAACCGUUGGUCGGAUGGUCAUUUGUCCCUUAGUUUAAGGUUAGUUUCAGCUGUGGCUGAAACAAAGUUCCAAGAGUCAUUUGGGACAAUAGAAAUGGAAUAUUAAGCAUAUGGUUGCAAAUUACAAAUAAAAUCGCUACGCUGAGAAUGUAGUUCACAAGUUGAGUUUAGAAAUAAUUAACGAUUCCUAUUUCAGUUGCUUAUUUUUUUUUCUCUGUAUUAAUUGCAGAGUAAAUAUUUCGUUGGCAAUGAUCUGGUGAUAAAAAAACUUCCAUUUAUGGUGAUGUUAAUGAGACUUUUAUUGAUUGUUAUAAAAGUAUUAUGUUAAUUGAUAACUAUGUUGUAUUUUAACUAAGAAUAAAGUAAACAACAUCCAUUUCACCACCCUAAAUUAGCUAAUCUCCGUUUAGAGGUGCUUCUUUCUUAUACUUAGAAUAGUUUACCACCAAGUUUUGUUGAUUUACUGACCUAUGUUACAAACACUGUAAAAAUUUUGGAAUACCGACAGUAUGACAUAGAGCGUUGAAAGUACCAUGUGUGUGAUUUUUUAUUUAAGGAAGUUAGUUAUCUGACCAAGACAAUUAAUUUGUUUUCUCAUCAAUUGUUCAAAUACAUUGUUCAUUUCUUGUCGUGGUAACAAUGUAGAUUGUUUAGCAAUUUAGGAACGCAAUUAUUUGUCGAGUUACUCAUAUAUGCCAGAAAAUUCGGAGAAUGACUGCAGGAGAAGCCAUAUGUCAGGGCAGUUCAACCCCUUUAAGACAUUACAGUUUUCAAAGGAGUGUUACAAAUCUUCGUGUUGAGGCAUUUGAGAUAUUGUCCCAGCGCUAAAAAUGUACAUAUCUAGCAACAAUUUAUUUUUAUUUUCUCUCCUUUACGAAUGACAAGUUUUAAAGGGGAUAAAGGACACUUUUCGAGAGUAUUUCAAGUACGUAGUAGUUUGGUGCAGUACGGUAAAACAUGUAAUGAAAGUAAAGAACGUUGUUCAUAAUAAAUUUUGGAGGUCCAUUCUACUUCUUAUAUUCUGUUUUUGUGGAUGAAUUGAGUCGUUUUCAUAAUUCACAUUGUAUUCGUUUCUUUACAAGAGUUGUUUCUCUUAGAUUGAAUUGCAAAUUGCAAUCCGUCAAAAAUUGCGUAUGGCGGACUAAUAAAAUGAUGAAAUCAAAGAGAAACUUACUUAUUUAUGUGAUUAGUGAUAUAGAAACUAUAUUUUCACGAGCAACUAUAUUUGACAGAUAUAUGAGAUAUUGUUCAUAAAUGUAACAUGCAAGGCGACAUACAUUAUUGUACAGCGCUACUGGAACAUUUAUCGUAUACAGCUAAUAACGUAUAACAUAAACUGACGUACAAUG